CGCUGAUUUCCGCAGAUUUCCGUGUUUCAUGAAGUACAGAAUUGUUUCAAUUUAUGUAUUUAAUUUAAAACAAAUAUUUUAGUCUCUAUUAAAAUAAAAAAUGAGACUCGAUUAAGUUAUGAUCUCCAUAAAUUAAAAAACUUAAAUAAUAUUCGUCGUACAGCAUAGCCAAGAACGAAGGAUGGAGAACAAUUUAAGUCGUAGUGGGAGCCGUUCGAGCUCUGUUUGCGAAUUAGAAAAAGAUUUAAGUGAUAUGGAAAUUAUGAAAUCUAGGACGAAUCGACGCAACGUAUUGGUUCGAUCACAACCAGCACGGAAAGCAAAACGAAUCAGGUUUUUUCGAAAUGGUGAUAAAUUUUAUUCAGGAGUCAUCAUUCCAGUCUUGCCAGAGAGAUACAGAUCUUUUGACAGCUUAACUGCAGACUUAACUAGGGUGUUAGUUGAUAAUGUUACAUUGCCUAGCGGUGUUAGAACAAUAUACUCCCUAGAAGGUAGAAAAGUAGGAAAACUAGAUGAUUUAGAAGAUGGUCAAUCAUAUGUUUGUAGUGGCUUUGGCGAACCUUUCAAGAGAUUAGACUAUGAAGCAAGUGCAGUUACACCGCAGUCAUUUAGAUUAAGUGGACCCGAGUCUCUCAGUGAUAGUGCAAGUCCGUCACCAGCCAGAGCUAAUAAUCGCUUGUCCCGAUAUUUGCAGACAAAUGGUAGUAACUCUACCGGCAAUGGGACACCAAGAGUUAGCCCUGCUGGAGACAAUGUAAUCCGGCCCCGUAUAGUUACUAUUAUUAGGAAUGGAGUGAAACCCCGCAAGGUAUGCAGAUUGUUAUUGAAUAAACGCAAUAGUCCAACUCUGGAACAUGCCUUGGCGGCAAUCACUGAGUGCAUCAAGUUAGACACGGGUUGUGUUCGCAAAGUGUUCACCCAAACCGGAACCCCUGUCACCGCUUUACAUCAGUUUUUUGAAGAGGAAGAUGUAUUUUUUGCAUAUGGAAACGAAAGAGUCAAUCAAGAAGACUUCGAACUCGAAUUUGAAGAAAGUAAGGCUGUAUUACAAUGUAGGAAAAGUAAAUGUAAUGCAAUUUCAAGAAAUACUAGGGCGGGCCCCAAGCCGCGCAUGCCGCUGCGGCCGGGCGCGGCGGCGGGCGCGGGCGCGGGCGCGGCGGGCGACGGCGACGCGGCGCCGCUCACGGGCCUGCUGCCGCAGCCGCUGCGCCUCAAGUACAGCGUCGGCAAGAUCAUAGGUGAUGGCAACUUUGCAGUUGUAAGAAUAUGUAAGGACAAAGGGAAUGGAAAGGAGUAUGCUCUCAAAGUAAUUGACAAGGCAAAAUGCAAAGGCAAGGAACAUUAUGUUGAGGCAGAGGUGCGAGUAAUGAGAAAGCUAUGCCACCCUCGUAUAGUUUCACUUAUUGAAGACCAGGACAGCCCCGAAUGGCUGUUCCUUAUCAUGGAAUUAGUUAGCGGUGGCGAUUUAUUCGAUAGUAUUGCAGCCGCUUCUAAAUUUUCUGAGCCUCAAGCGCGUUUGCUAAUAGGGCACCUAACAUCAGCUAUUGCAUACCUACACUCGCUUUCUAUCGUGCAUCGAGACAUCAAACCCGAAAACCUAUUGGUUGAGGUGGGCUCAGACGGCAGUAUACGUGGACUGAAAUUAGCAGACUUUGGGCUAGCCGUAGAAGUGUGGAGACCACUUCACGCCGUCUGCGGAACGCCAACGUACGUAGCGCCGGAGAUCCUGCUUGAAACUGGAUACGGCCUUAAGAUUGAUGUUUGGGCAGCGGGUGUAAUUCUCUACAUCCUGCUGUGCGGAUUCCCUCCAUUUUCCUCGCCCGACGGCGACCAGGAGAAGCUGUUCGAUGCGAUCCUGUCGGCGCGACUGGAGUUCCCGGCGCCGCACUGGGAACGCGUAUCGGCCGGUGCCAUCGACCUCGUCGCCAACAUGCUCCGUCCGCAGCCCGAGCUGCGCUUCGCCGCCGAGGACGUGCUCGACCACGCCUGGAUGUCGGAUGACUACGAUGAGAUGUGCGACUUUCGUACUUGGUACGAUGAAGACUCUUCAUAGCCUCGCGACGCCAGCCGUUCGGGGGAGGUGUCGGGGGCUGCCGACGCCCUGCUGGGUGCGCAGUCGGCUUCACCGGCCGCUUGCUGUUUGCGUUGAGCUGCUCACGGCUAUGCAUGCCUUCAUAUUAACACCAAUACCAAAGUUAUUCCAUAAUGUAUGUAAUAUAAAAAUUAUCGAAACAAUACUGCACAUGUGUGUUCAAUUUUCAAAAACGUUUUUUCGAUCAAAUUAUAGUGAUGCAGUAUCGUCGUUGUUGUUCUGGUUUUUGUACUGAUGAUGUCCCCACUGAUUGAUAUGUUGAUAAAAAUUAAUCAUCUAAUGAAUUCUCUAUUUAUUUAUCUUUUACGCAAUUUAUGUAUAUUCUUUAAGAGAUGUAGCGGUAAUUUGUAUUUAUGUGGCUGUAAAACCAGUUUCUAUUUUAGUAUUAUGUAGUUUUAUUUUUAUAUGAUCGGCCGAUAAAUUUAAAUGCAUUUAAAUCGUUGAUUUUUUUGUAAUCAAUUGUAACGAUCUCUAUUAUUGCAUUAGUAGGCCACUAGUAUAUUUUUUAUUGUUUAUUUAUGGCUUCAAAUUACAUUUAUAGUUUUAAGUGGCAUAACAUGCUCUUUUCUAGAGGCCUACUGCAUUAGGAGAGAUAUUUUGAAAUAACAGAAAUGGCUAUCAAAAAUUAUACAAACUAUUUGUGUAAGUAAACGAAUAUACCAGUCUUUCGAUAGGGCUUUGAUGACUAGCUUUGGGCUCUUAAAAUGGUGCAUAUCUUCAACUUCAUAGGGAACUAAGUUUUUUUUAGCUAUCAAACGAUUUUUAUAAGUUUUUCUAGAGUUCAUUAAUUUUAAACAUUUUACAAAAUAUUACACAUAUAUAAUUAGUAAUAAUAACUGACUAUAAAGGAUAUGACAUUUGGCACAAAAACUGCAGUAACUUUUCUCAGAGAAAGUAUGAUUAUGGAAAAGAUAAUAAUUCAUGAAACUUGUUUUAAAUCUGGAGCUCUAUAGGCUCCACUUAUACGUGAUUAAGUUUAGCCAUGCAUCAUUAAAUUUUCAGACUAUUUUAAUUAUUUACAAAUAUAAUUCAACUUUGGCAUACAGUACUAAUGUUAUAAGUACCAGUUAGUAGUAUUUAAAUCAUUGGAAUAUUUGAAAAUGUAUUUACAUAUUUAGUAAAACCCUAAUCAAUCAAAAUUAUGAAUAUUGUGCAGUGGGAAUAAAAUCCUUGUGCCAAAUUGUAAAUGAUUUUAUCAACUUUGAUAAUGAUUUAACUUUAAUGAAUGUUCCUCUCGAAUAUAAUGUAGAAAUUUUGAUGUUAAACAAAUGGUUUAUGGUUUAUUUAUGUUAAUUUUAUGAAAAAAACUUAAUGCAUUAGAGGAUAAACAUAAUCAGACUGAUACACAUUCCUUUACAUUCUUUAAUAGUUGAAUAUUUUUUUCCUUUUGUGUUAUAUUAUAAUAGCUUAUCUGAAGAAUGUAUGUCCCCUAUAAAUAUAUGCCCAAAUGCUUUUCUUAUGAUUUGAAUUGUCAAACCUUAUUUUAUCCUAUGUUUUAUUAAAGCGAUUGAAAGAUUAAUUUGCUUAUAAAAUAAAUUAUUUAUUAUAAAAAUAUAAAAGAUUUUUAAUUAUGUCCGCUUUGUCAUAUCAGUCAUGCACAAUAUUCAAUACAUUUUAAUAAAUUUAGAAAAAAAUUAUAUGUUUAAUAUUUAUCUAAAAAAUCUAGAUGUAAAAUUGUUUUAAGACUUACAUAUGGUGUUUGUGUGAUUUAUCUACCAUGACAUGUUAAAUAGUUUAUGUAACCACACAAACAUGUAUUUUUGUUGUAUUGCCUAUCUGUAUUCAGCAGUUACUUUUAUAUUCAUUACAUUUUGCAGCAAAGAUAUUAAUUACCAUACCUAUUACAUGUAAACUAAUGAUGAAUUGUAACUGUUCUUAAACAUUUUACAGUAGGAACAA